AUGGGUGUCUCGUCAUUAGUCGGUCCAAAAGCAUUACUCUCAUCUAUGUCCAAAGUUUUAAACGAUAUUCGUCUUCUCUUGCAUCGCUAUCGUAAAAAUGAAAAAGUGAUAAACAAUAUCAAUGAUUCAUCUUCUGUCGUACAUUCAAAAACCACACCAAAAGGCAAAAAAAUUCGUAAACCACGAACAAUUUACUCUAAUUUACAAUUACAACAAUUAAAUAAACGUUUUCAACGCACACAAUAUUUAGCGUUACCAGAACGAGCUGAAUUAGCCGCAUCAUUGGGACUCACACAGACGCAGGUAAUCCUAUGGAGAUCAUGA